GUACGUACCGAACACAUUGUUCUCUAGAAAACGCGUGUGAUUUCUUUUUAUUAAAAAUUAAAUAAAUUGUUUAAAAUCAAUUUAAAUAAUUUGAAAAGUGUUUAUAAAAUACAUUCUACAUAAACAUUAAUAAUGUUUCGUAAAGUUCCGUUAAUUGUAAUACUUGGUUCAACGGGUACGGGUAAAACAAAAUUAUCAUUAGAAUUAGCUGAACGUUUUGGUGGCGAAAUAAUCAGCGCCGAUUCCAUGCAAGUUUAUGCUAAUUUAGACAUUGCAACGGCUAAAGCCACCAAAGAAGAACAAUCAAGAGCCAAACAUCAUCUCUUAGAUGUGGCAACACCAAAUGAACCAUUUACAGUGGUGCAUUUUCGCAAUAAAGCCUUGCCAAUUCUAGAAAAUCUUUUAGCUCAAGGCAAGAGCCCUAUAGUAGUGGGUGGUACCAACUAUUAUAUAGAAUCCCUAUUGUGGGACAUCCUGGUAAGUCCCACAGAUUGCAGCAGUAAUGAAAACUUAAGUAAGUUGCCAGCAUCAGCAACACCACCACCACCAUCAACUCUAGCUGAUAAAGCAAAAGCCUGCACUAGUGGCAAUGUUAAUGACGAUGCUGAUGACAUUGUUGCCACAGUGUCAGGGAAUGUGGAAAAUUCGUCAUUUAUAGCUGCUGAGAAAAUGUUAACAAUGUCAUCGGAAUUGUUGCACAACCAUUUAAGGAAUAUUGAUCCAGAAACUGCAAAUCGUAUACAUCCAAAUAAUAAACGUAAAAUAAUGAGAGCCAUUGAAUUUUAUCAACAAACUGGUCAAACGUUAAGUUCAAAAUUAAACGAACAGCGUCAACAACCUGGUGGCAAUCGUUUGGGAGGUCCACUUCGUUAUCCACAUACGAUCCUAUUGUGGUUGCGAUGCAAUCAGGAUGUAUUAAACAAACGCUUAGACAAGCGUGUAGAUGCUAUGUUGGAACAGGGUCUACUGCGUGAAAUACGAGCAUUUCAUAAUGAGCACAAUGUGAACAAUAGUAUUUCGGGGAAUACUUGUGAUACAACGAGCACAUCAGCAUCAGUAUCCUCAUCAUCAUCGUCAAAUUAUACUAAGGGCGUAUUACAAACGAUUGGAUUCAAAGAAUUUAUACCAUAUUUAGAGCAAUUUAAUGCGGCAAAUGAUCAAAAAAUUGAAACAUAUUUACAAGCGAAUGCGUAUAAAAUGCCAACCGAAGAACAAUUUAAAUCAUAUGCCAGUUCAAUAAACGAAGUGCACGACGCUGAAGCUGUAAACUUGAAAGUUCCCAAAGAUCAUUUGCCCCCAGGGUUAGAUGUUUUAAAUUCCUGUUUAAAUGAAUUGAAAUUAGUAACACGUCGUUAUUCGAAGAAACAAAUUAAAUGGAUUAAUAAUCGUUUCUUGGCCAGUAGAGAUCGUCAAGUACCCGAUCUUUAUGAAUUGGAUACGAGUGAUGUUGGUCAGUGGCAUGAAAGAGUUUAUUCACCGGCCGUUAACAUAAUUGAUGCUUAUCGCAAUGGUCAAAUGUGUGAAAUAGAACCUAUGCAGAAGAGACAACAUCCGGGUGCUGGAUUAAAUGAAGAGACUUCCAACUUUUGCACUGUGUGUGAACGUCAUUUUAUCGGCGAGUAUCAAUGGCAAUUGCAUUUAAAAUCCAACAAACACAAAAAGCGUAAAGAAGGCCUUCGAAAAAAAACCAAAACACUUACAUCUAUGGCUACAAAUCCACCUCAAAACUUGAAGGAGUAAUGAAAUAUAUACAUUUUUUCAAAAUUUAUUGAAUAUUUAAUAUUUGUUGCAAAUAUUAAAUUAAAUACAUUUUAUUGUCAAUUAUUUUAUUUGCUUUACAAUUAUUGUAUAG